AUCCUCCUGCUGAGGUUGUUUUCCCAUGUUAGCCAAUUAGCAACCUAGCAUGCAAUUUGAGGUCUGGCGCCUUGACUGGAUGGUUACGUGCGUUUUAAUUUUCCAUUCAAAUCUAAACGUUACAUGAAUCAACAUUUGAGUGUUGUUAUUGCGCUUUACUGCGUUUGAUUUCUCAGCGGAACAGACUGAAGUGAUCCAGGGAGUUUGUUGCGGGAUAUACCGCAGUGAAGAGCAUGAGUACAUAAUGAAGCGCCGCUUGGAGGAUCAGGAAACAGUGAUCGGCUCUCAGCGGCGGCCCCCGGGGGGUGCGGACAGCUUUCAGCACCGCGUCCUUAACUCUGCCUCCUCUCUCUUUGAGACUGCACCAGAUAACAUGCAGCCUUCAUCCAGUAUGCAGUACUCUGUUUCUCAGACCUACCAGUUGUCGAUGGCCCAAAACUCUGGGGGACAUGGACACACCAGCAAUACAGCUGUGCUCAGUGGGCCUCAUCACCACGGCCCAACUGUCCAGACUGUGGGUCAGGGUCACUCUCAUACUCCUGCAGCUCCUGCACCAACUCUGGGUCAACAGCAGUUUCAGAGACUCAAGGUCGAAGAUGCACUUUCCUAUUUGGAUCAAGUUAAGCUUCAGUUUGGCAAUCAGCCGCAGGUCUACAAUGACUUCCUGGAUAUCAUGAAAGAGUUCAAGUCUCAAAGCAUUGAUACACCAGGUGUGAUCAGCAGAGUCUCCCAGCUCUUCAAAGGCCACCCUGACCUCAUCAUGGGCUUCAACACCUUCCUGCCACCUGGCUACAAAAUAGAGGUUCAGACCAAUGACUUGGUCAACGUGACCACACCUGGCCAGAUCCACCACAUUACCCCACAUGGCAUUUCAGUUCAAAACCUCCCAAUUACCCAGCCAACUCCGCACCAGCCCCAACCAGCAGUCCCUACCAGCACGGCUGCAUUGGUUAUCCCUAGCCAGCCAACCCCUGCCAAAAUAAGCAAGCCAAUGCAGUCUCCUGCACUGACCCCAACCAGCCAGCCUAAUCCAUCCAUUCCCUCGUAUGCCUCCCCUCGCUCGCCCUCCGCCCAGUCUCACGCCCCCAUCAGCAACAGUACUGCCGGGACUGCCCCACUGCAGAACAACCAGCCUGUGGAGUUCAACCACGCCAUCAACUAUGUGAACAAAAUCAAGAACCGCUUUCAGGGCCAGCCAGAGGUUUACAAAUCCUUUUUGGAGAUUUUACACACAUACCAGAAGGAACAGCGUAAUGCUAAGGAGGCAGGGGGAAACUACACACCUUCUCUUACCGAGCAAGAAGUUUAUGCCCAGGUGGCCCAGCUCUUCAAGAACCAGGAGGAUCUCCUUUCAGAAUUUGGCCAGUUCCUUCCAGAUGCUAACAAUUCAGUGUUAUUGAGCAAGACCACAGCCGAGAAGGCAGAGUCUGUUCGAAUUGAUCAUGGGGGCACAGUAAAGAGACCCCAGCUGAAUAACAAGCAAAGAUUUAACCAGAACGGCUGUCAGAUCCGCAGACACUCGGGACCUCCCACUACACCACCUGUUAAGAAGAAACCAAAGUUUAUUGGAAAAGACCAUCCAAUGGCUGAAGCCAGCAAAAUAGGUGCUGAAUCUCUCUUUUUUGAAAAGGUGCGAAAGGCACUGCGCAGUUCAGAGGCUUAUGACAACUUCCUGCGCUGUCUGGUCAUUUUCAAUCAAGAAGUGAUCUCACGGGCUGAACUUGUGCAGCUGGUCUUACCCUUUUUAGGGAAAUUCCCCGAGCUUUUUACCUGGUUCAAGAACUUUCUUGGCUACCGAGAAAGUGUCCAUAUUGAAAGCUUUCCCAAAGAGCGGGCCACUGAGGGCAUCGCUAUGGAGAUUGACUAUGCUUCCUGCAAGAGACUGGGAUCCAGUUAUAGAGCCCUGCCCAAGAGCUUCCAGCAGCCCAGAUGCACGGGGAGGACCCCGCUUUGCAAAGAGGUGCUUAAUGAUACCUGGGUGUCAUUUCCAUCAUGGUCAGAGGAUUCUACCUUUGUCAGCUCCAAAAAGACUCAGUAUGAAGAACAUAUAUAUAGAUGUGAAGAUGAGCGCUUUGAGCUCGAUGUGGUUCUGGAGACAAACCUCGCCACUAUCCGCGUCCUUGAGACUGUUCAAAAGAGGAUGUCGCGCAUGUCAGCUGAGGAACAAGCCAAGUUCAGGCUGGACAACACCAUCGGAGGCUCCUCCGAGGUCAUUCAUCGCAAAGCUAUCCAGAGGAUAUACGGAGAAAAGGCUCCAGACAUCAUAGACGGUCUGAAGACAAACCCUGCUGUCUCUGUACCUAUUGUACUGAAAAGGCUGAAAAUUAAAGAAGAGGAGUGGCGAGAGGCUCAGCGUGGCUUCAAUAAGAUCUGGAGGGAGCAGAAUGAGAAGUAUUACCUCAAGUCUUUAGAUCACCAGGGUAUUAACUUCAAACAGAACGACACAAAGGUGUUUCGCUCCAAGACGCUGCUCAAUGAAAUUGAGAGUCUGUAUGAUGAGCGACAGGAGCAGGCUUCAGAAGACAAUGCCGCCCCGCUCUCAGGCCCCCACAUGACCCUCACGUACGAGGACAGCCAAAUACUAGAAGAUGCGGCUGCUCUCAUCAUCCAUCACGUCAAGAGGCAGUCUGGCAUCCACAAAGACGACAAGUACAAAAUCAAACAGAUCAUCUACCACUUCAUCCCGGACAUGCUGUUUGCUCGACGCGGUGAGCUUUCCGACGUCGAGGAGGAAGAGGAGGAGGAGACCGAACCGGAUGAAGAUGGGACUAAAAAGCACAAUGGGACAACAUCGACCAAGUCCAAGCUUCUCUUUAGCCAUACGACAGCUUCCCAGCAGAAGCUCAGUAACUGCGAUGAUGCCUACAACCUCUUCUUUGUCAACAAUAACUGGUACAUCUUCCUGAGGCUGCACCAGAUCUUGUGCUCCCGGCUGCUGCGGAUCUACGGGCAGGCAGAAAAACAGAUCGAGGAAGAUGCCAGAGAGAGAGAGUGGGAAAGAAAUGUUCUGGGUCUGAAAAGAGAGAAGAAUGACAGCCCGGCCGUCCAGCUGCGUUUAAAAGAACCCAUGGAAAUUGAUGUUGAAGACUACUACUCUGCCUUCUUAGAGAUGGUUCGAAACCUUCUGGAUGGCAACAUGGAGACGUCUCAAUAUGAGGACCAGCUGAGGGAAAUGUUUACCAUCCAUGCCUACAUUGCUUUCACCAUGGACAAACUCAUCCAGAGUAUGGUCAGACAGCUGCAGCAUAUAGUCAGUGAUGAGAUCUGUGUACAGGUGACCGAUCUCUAUCUUAGCGAGUGUGCCAACAAAGCCACUGGCGGGUCCCAGUCCACCCAAACAUCCAGAAGCGGUGGCGAAGCGGCCUAUCAGCGCAAAGCUGAGCAGCUGAUGUCUGAUGAGAACUGCUUUAAGUUACUGUUCCAGAAGUCUAAGGGGAGCGUGCAGUUGGCUGUGGAGCUGUUAGACAGCGAAGAAGAGAACUCGGAUGAAACCGUUGAAGCUGAGCGCUGGCCCGACUACGUGGAGCGUUAUCUGAAUACCAACUCUGCCUCUCCAGAGCUGCGUGAGCACCUCUCUCAGAAGCCUGUGUUUCUACCCAGGAACCUCAGGCGAAUUCGUAAGUGCCAGAGGGGCCAGGAGAUGCAAAUGAGAGAAGCCAAAGAAGCAGCCAAGAAAUCUUCAGAAGCUGGUGAGGAUUCAAAGAUGGAGUGCAUGUUUAAGCUCAACUCCUACAAGAUGGUGUACGUCUUCAAGUCAGAGGACUACAUGUACAGGCGUACCGCACAACUGAGAGCUCAUCAGUCUCACCAGCGAGUAAGCACUCGUCUGCAUCAACGCUUUCAGGCGUGGCUAGACAGGUGGCGAAAAGAUCACGUGACCAGUGACAUGGCUGCCACCACUUACAAGUGGCUGAUGGGGGAAGCCCAGGAGGGCCUGCUGCCCUGCAGAACCACUUGUGAACCCAAGAUCAUCCACUUCCAGAAUGUCAACAAAUAUAAAGUCUCCUACAGCACUACGUUGUAAAGUUUUCAAGACGGGGAGGAGUUUUUCCCUAUUUUAUGUUGUUUUUACGAUGACUAAAAGUAGCACUGAAAUGAAAUUCUGGCAGCCAUCGAGUUCUUUGGAUAUUGCUUCCUCUCUUUUUUUAUUUCUGUCUUUUUAAAAUUUUUAGAUUUGUGUGUUUUUCGCCUGGACUUUAUUACCAGAUGGUUAAUGUCCUUCGAUCAUGAAGACAAGAACGUACUUCUUGCAAAUGCUGCAGCGUUAUUCCGACUAUUCCUACUCGAGACAAAGAUUUACUUUUGAGGCUUUUCAUAAAAACGACAGCUUACAAAUACAGGUCAAUACCCAUUUGUAAUAUUUUUUAUUUUUCAUCUCUUCAAGAUGAAUAGUAGUUUAUUCGCAAUAUGCCUCUUGUGGUUAAGUUUGAACCACAUAUAAGCUCAAAAUGAGAACAUUUCUGAUUAGCCUAUGUGUUAGGCUAUGCAGCUAAACCAAUACAGAUGAUGUGAAUUGAGUGUAUUGUUCACAAUCUACACAUUGUAAUUAAGGUCUGUUCACCGGUUAUUAUAGCACCAUUAAUGAAGGUAUUACUGUUUAUGAAUAGAUAUCUAUGAUACCAGCCGCAAAAUCUCAAUCAGGAACACCAGAAUAAGUACGGUCACAAAAAAGCUCUUGUAAUGUAAAUACAAUGUAUAUAUAUGCCACACUGUUUAUAUUCUGAGAACCUUCACUGUUACGUAGAUGAGCUAUUAGACUUCUUUAUCAGCUUAGCAAAGGAGGCCAACGCUGAUAUCUUUAUGAAAACACUUCUUAAAGAUAGGAGUUUAAAGUGUUUUGUCUGGUCACAAUGUCUCCUGUCUUUCUCUCUCUUUUUGUAGUCAUGAAAAUGUUCAUUUCAACAGCUUCACAUGAAUGGGAUAAUUUUUCAUGACGUUAUGUUUGGCCCCUAUCUGAACUUGUAUUCAAAUUUGUGAUAUCACUGCCUGUGUUCUGAGUAGAACUUAGAAGCAAUUCUGUUUGGUCCCAUUUGGCCCUCCUAUCAUGACAAUAUGUGACCUAGGGCACGUGAGGCUCGGGUUUAUGCUGACAAAUAUGUAAAACAUAUUUAAAGAAGGAAAUGAUGGCAUGUUUCUAUGUUCUCAUGUACAGCCCUUUUAUAUUAUUCAUUAUUGUUUUAAAGAUUGAAAUAAAACAGAAUUGUAGUAGAUUA